GCCGGCCAGGAUGGCGCAGUGGAACCAGCUGCAGCAGCUCGACACGCGGUACCUGGAGCAGCUCCACCAGCUCUACAGCGACAGCUUCCCCAUGGAGCUGCGGCAGUUCCUGGCCCCGUGGAUCGAGAGCCAGGACUGGGCAUACGCAGCCAGCAAGGAGUCGCACGCCACGCUGGUGUUCCACAACCUGCUGGGGGAGAUCGACCAGCAGUACAGCCGCUUCCUGCAGGAGUCCAACGUCCUCUACCAGCACAACCUGCGCCGCAUCAAGCAGUUCCUGCAGAGCAGGUACUUGGAGAAGCCGAUGGAAAUCGCCCGCAUCGUGGCUCGUUGCCUGUGGGAAGAGUCCCGGCUCCUCCAGACGGCUGCCACCGCUGCCCAGCAAGGGGGACAGGCCACGCAUCCAACGGCGGCUGUUGUGACGGAAAAGCAGCAGAUGCUGGAGCAGCACCUGCAGGAUGUGAGGAAGAGAGUGCAGGAUCUGGAGCAGAAGAUGAAAGUGGUGGAAAAUCUACAGGAUGACUUUGAUUUUAACUACAAGACUUUGAAAAGCCAAGGAGACAUGCAGGAUCUGAACGGGAACAACCAGUCGGUGACCAGGCAGAAGAUGCAGCAGCUGGAGCAAAUGCUGACGGCGCUGGACCAGAUGCGAAGGGGAAUUGUGAGCGAGCUGGCGGGGCUGCUGUCAGCCAUGGAGUACGUGCAGAAGAUGCUGGCAGAUGAGGAGCUGGCAGACUGGAAGAGGCGGCAGCAGAUUGCUUGCAUCGGUGGCCCCCCCAACAUCUGCUUAGACCGGCUGGAGAACUGGAUAACCUCUCUCGCCGAAUCACAGCUCCAGACCCGGCAGCAGAUCAAGAAGUUGGAAGAACUGCAGCAGAAAGUGUCCUACAAGGGGGACCCCAUUGUCCAGCACCGGCCCAUGCUGGAGGAGCGGAUUGUGGAGCUGUUCAGGAACCUGAUGAAAAGCGCUUUCGUGGUGGAGAGGCAGCCCUGCAUGCCCAUGCACCCUGACAGGCCCCUCGUCAUCAAAACUGGGGUGCAGUUCACCACCAAAGUCAGGUUGUUGGUCAAGUUUCCAGAGCUGAACUAUCAGCUGAAAAUUAAAGUCUGCAUUGACAAGGACUCCGGGGAUGUUGCAGCGCUUCGGGGGUCCCGGAAGUUUAACAUCCUGGGGACAAACACCAAGGUCAUGAACAUGGAGGAGUCGAACAACGGCAGCCUCUCCGCGGAGUUCAAGCACCUGACCCUGCGGGAGCAGCGAUGUGGGAAUGGAGGCCGAGCCAACUGCGACGCCUCGCUGAUAGUCACCGAGGAGCUGCACCUCAUCACCUUUGAGACAGAGGUGUAUCACCAGGGGCUGAAGAUAGACCUGGAGACCCACUCGCUGCCCGUGGUGGUCAUCUCCAACAUCUGCCAGAUGCCCAAUGCCUGGGCGUCCAUCCUGUGGUACAACAUGCUGACCAACAACCCCAAGAACGUGAACUUCUUCACCAAGCCGCCCAUCGGGACCUGGGACCAGGUGGCAGAGGUGCUGAGCUGGCAGUUCUCCUCCACCACGAAGCGUGGCCUCAGCAUCGAGCAGCUGACGACGCUGGCAGAGAAGCUCCUAGGGCCAGGUGUGAAUUACUCCGGCUGUCAGAUCACUUGGGCCAAGUUCUGCAAGGAGAACAUGGCUGGCAAAGGCUUCUCUUUCUGGGUCUGGCUGGACAACAUCAUCGACUUGGUGAAAAAGUACAUCCUGGCGCUGUGGAACGAAGGGUACAUCAUGGGGUUCAUCAGCAAGGAGCGGGAGCGAGCCAUCCUCAGCACCAAGCCCCCGGGGACCUUCCUGCUGCGCUUCAGCGAGAGCAGCAAGGAGGGUGGCAUCACCUUCACCUGGGUGGAGAAGGACAUCAGUGGGAAGACACAGAUCCAGUCCGUGGAGCCCUACACCAAGCAGCAGCUGAACAACAUGUCGUUUGCGGAGAUCAUCAUGGGCUACAAGAUCAUGGAUGCCACCAACAUCCUGGUGUCCCCCCUGGUGUACCUGUACCCCGACAUCCCCAAGGAGGAGGCGUUUGGGAAGUACUGCCGCUCCGAGAGCCAGGAGCACUCCGAAGCUACUGACUCAGGUAGUGCAGCUCCAUAUCUGAAGACCAAGUUCAUCUGUGUCACCCCCACCUCCUUCAGCAACAGCAUCGACCUGCCCAUGUCCCCGCGCACCCUGGACUCGCUCAUGCAGUUUGGCAACAACAGCGAGGGCGCGGAGGCCAAUGCAGGAGGGCAGUUUGAGUCGCUGACCUUAGACAUGGAGCUGAUGCCGGAGUGCGCUUCUUCACCCAUGUGAGGUGCUCCACGGGGACCCUGCUGGGACCCAGGCUUCCACCUCCAGAGCCCCCCCCUCGUCUCACCCUGCUUGGUCACGGCUGCUCUGGGCCCUUCCUGGGAAGAGCUGGGGGGGGUCCUCACCACCGAUUCCUUGUUUGACCCAAGCGACCACCCCUCUUGUCAGGGUGGUGCUGUUCGUCUCUUUGGGGGGAGGGGAGGAUGAACCUUUUUCUAUUUCCUUCCGUAACAGUUUUUUAUUAUUGUUUUGCUCAUUCAAGUGCCUAUUGCCCCCCCUCGCAGCCUCAGUUCUUACAGAUGCUUGUGCAGCCCCCGCCCCGCUGCCCGAAGCUGCUUUCCCUGCUGCCAGAGGCCAAAAGAGGUCCCACCAGCCCUGAUUUGCCUCCAGGUGCCCAAGAAGGGAUGGGCUGGUGCUGGCCCCCCAUCGUGUGACCAUGUCCCAGCAGCCCCCCCAGGGUGCAGAGGGGUCUCCUCUCCCCACCUUUGACCAGCACAGGGGACAAGGUGGCCCAGGCGUCCCUACCCUGCUGAGCUCUGCUGCCAGCAGGGAGUUCUGGUGGCCACCAUCAGUUGCCACCAACUCCCUGCUGUGGCCACCAGGGUCUGGCCAGCUCCGGCAGUCCCAGGACUCUUGCUGGGACAACUGGUUUCCUUGGGGCAGGGCAGUGAUGUGUCCCAGUGCCAGCACACACUGUGCAGAGUGAGACCCCUCAGCUCCCUGGAGGUCUGGAUCCAAAGUGACCAGCAAUAGAGGGUCUGGCUUGGCCCUUUCCCCUCUGGGUGUGGCUAGUGCUGGCCCAGGCAGUGGGUUUGCAGCUUCUUGGGGGCUUCAGGUGGCAUUUUUGUUAGAGGUGGCUGUGGCUGGCAAGGUAGGAGGUGGCAGGAGUUGAAGGGAGCAGGAUGGAGGUAGGGAGAGGGCUGGGCUCUUGGCCAGCGCUGGAGGGAGACGUGGGUGUUGCAAAGGGCAGGUUUCCUGCCCUGGGGGGGGGUCGAGGGUUGUGGUUCUGUACAUCCCCACGCGGGGGGAGCCCUGCCCUUUCCACGCAGGGCCAUGCAGAUGCUGAUGAGUGAGGAAGAGGAGGGAGAGGAAGCAGGAGAGCUGCCUUCCCACCCCUUCCUCCCCUCCCCAAGUAGGCUGUGGCCUCUGUGGGCAGAUACUUGGGGAAGGGGGGGGGGCUGUGGGGCCUGGGCCACCCCUGGUCCCUGUCUGUGGCCAGGAGAUGGUGGCUGUGGCAGCCCCCGGGGCCAGGAAGCCCCCUUGAAGUUGGGAGGUGCUCAGAGGGGAUCUGCCCCCCCCUGCUCGCGUGUAGCUGCCUCCAGCUGCAGUCCCUGGAGCCCUGGGCAGCACCCGAUACUGUAAAAAAACUUUAUUUUUUUGUAUAUUUUAUUGCUGUAUCUACAGGCUUUAACUUUCUCCAAAAUAAAGGCUCCCAAGCGAGG